AAGAACGUUCCCUCCUUUUUCAAAUAACAGUUUGCUCAUGUGAAAGGUAAAUUCCUGUAUUAAUUUCCUUCAUAUCUCGUGUCUAUCAAUCUCUACCUCUUAAAAAACCUCCUUCAAUGUCAUCUUCCCCAAAUCCAUGGCUGCUUAUACACAUUUUGCUCUUUCUCCCCCUAACUCAUCCCCUCUCUGCUGCCCAUGUCAACCCAAUAAACGGUACGUGCCACGAUAAAUGUGGCACUCUCCCUGUGAGGUUUCCCUUUGGUACAGGGUCCGGAUGCGGACACCCUGACUUCGCUAGAUACAUAAGAUGUAGCUCAGGGACACUUCAAUUCUCCACCGGCACCGGCGUUUACACUGUUUCCUCAAUUGACUACCCAACCAACACUUUAAUCGUCACAGACCCCCUAAUGUCGAAUUGUUCUUCAAUGCAGAAUUCUGGAAGCUUUAACUUAGAUCGUGCCAGCCCAUUCAGCAUUGUGGCCGAAGAUAUCUUUGUUUUGCUUGGUUGCUCCACUACCUCUCCAGUCUUUGAUCAAAACGAAGAGUUAUGUGAUACAGGGUCUGGUUUGAAUUUCUGCAGAGGUUUGUAUUCUUGCAAAGGGGUCGCUGGAAUUGGACUCGCACCCAAUGCACCAAUUUCUACUUGUUGUGUGUACGAGCCACAGAUUGUGCUUGGGUCGGGUUUUAUGUUGGAUCUUCCUAAGCUUCAGUGUGCAUCGUAUGCAUCGAUUUAUGGGUAUGGAGGAGAUGAAGGGGACCCGAUGAAAUGGGAGUUUGGGAUUUCUUUGCAAUACAAUGGCUCGCAUGAGAAUGAAGCGUGCAAGAAUUGUGAAGACAGUGGAGGAUUGUGUGGUUUUGCUGGAUUGGCUGAGUCCUUCGCUUGCAUUUGCCGCAAUGGGGUUAACACCACCAACAAUUGCUAUGGGCGAGGAUAUGCUUGGAGUGGGACGUGUAGACACAAAAUUCAAACCAAGAUGAGUGUUGGAGGGUUUUUUCUCGCUUGGUUGUGGAUCAUGUUGUUCAUGUGAAGCAUAAAUGAACUAUCAAAGUUUUGGUUGAACAAGAUGAAUAUUGAAGAGCUUCGAAGUUGCAGCAAAGCUUGUCAGACAUACACUUGGUCACAGUAGUGACAUUCUCAUUUCUGAGUUUCUCAUAUGUUGAAAAUUUUUAAUCUCCAAUUUCUCGGUUUCUAAUUGAGGGUUAUUGUGAAUCUAUGACAUUUUAUGAACCAUUUUGUUAGACCAUUGAGAUAGAUUGUUGUAUUUUAAAUUUUAAUUUUUUUUUUUUAAUGAAGCUUUGUCAACCUUCAGUGGUGGUUAGUAGAA